AUGUCUGUUGAUUUUCCGGCUGAGGAGGAGAUUGUUCUCCAGCGGUGGAGAGAAAUCAACGCCUUCCGCAGGCAAGUUGAGCUCUCUGAGGGCCGCAAACCCUACACCUUCUACGAUGGCCCCCCAUUCGCAACGGGUCUUCCUCACUACGGUCACUUGCUGGCCUCGACCAUCAAAGAUAUUAUCCCCCGCUAUUGGUCGAUGAAGGGUCACUAUGUCGAGCGGCGAUUCGGUUGGGAUACCCACGGCGUGCCGAUUGAGUACGAAAUCGAUAAGAAGCUGGGCAUGUCGGGAUUGGAGGCUGUCGAGAAGCUGGGAAUUGAGAAGUACAACGAGGAGUGCAGAGCCAUUGUUAUGAGAUAUGCCUCUGAGUGGCGUGAGACAGUCGAAAGACUCGGUCGUUGGAUUGAUUUCGACAACGACUACAAGACAAUGAACACCGGCUUCAUGGAAUCCGUGUGGUGGGUUUUCAAGCAGCUCUUUGACAAGAACCUGGUCUAUCGGGGCUUCCGUGUCAUGCCUUACUCGACUGCACUAAACACCCCGCUGAGCAACUUCGAAGCUCAACAAAACUACAAGGACGUUCAGGACCCUGCCGUGGUUGUGACCUUCCCUCUCCGAGACGACCCCGAAACCUGCUUGCUUGCCUGGACUACCACCCCCUGGACCUUGCCCUCCAACACUGGUGUCGCUGUGAACCCCAACUUUGAAUAUAUCAAGAUCCUUGACGAGGCUUCCGGGAAGCACUACAUUCUGCUCGAGUCUCUGCUCCGCACUAUUUACAAGGACCCCAAGAAGGCCAAAUUCAAAAUUGUCGACCGUAUCAAGGGAGCUGACAUGAAGGACUGGAAGUACGAGCCGCUCUUUGAUUACUUCUGGGAGGAAUUCAAGGAUCACGGUUUCCGAGUGUUGAAUGCCGAAUAUGUCACUGCUGAUGAUGGUACUGGUGUUGUCCACCAGUCUCCUGCAUUUGGUGAAGACGAUUACAACGUUGCCGUCAAAUCGGGUGUCAUCGACGAAAAGCGGGUCCCACCGAACCCUGUGGACGAAAGGGGUCUUUACACCUCCGAGGUCCGGGACUUUGUCGGUCAACAUGUCAAGGCUGCUGACAAGAACAUCAUCAAGCACCUCAAAGCAACUGGUCGGCUUAUUGUCGACAGCCAGAUUACUCACAGUUACCCCUUCUGCUGGCGCUCCGACACUCCUCUGAUCUAUAGAGCUGUGCCCUCUUGGUUCGUCAAGAUCCCCCCUAUCAUCCCUGACAUGCUGAAGGGCAUCGAGGAAUCCCACUGGGUGCCGUCGUUUGUCAAGGACCGCCGGUUCUCCAGCUGGAUCCAGAAUGCUCGAGACUGGAACAUUUCCCGGAACCGAUUCUGGGGUACUCCCCUCCCAUUGUGGGCCAGUGAGGACUUCAAGGAGAUUGUUGCCAUCGGCAGUGCUCAGGAGCUCAAGGAGCUCAGUGGAUAUGAAGGAGAGUUGACCGACCUUCACCGUGACAAGGUGGACAAUAUCACCAUCCCCAGCAAGCAGGGAAAAGGUGAACUUCGCCGUGUGAGCGAGGUAUUUGACUGCUGGUUUGAGUCUGGAAGCAUGCCGUAUGCGUCUCAGCACUACCCAUUCGAGAACAGGGAGCAGUUUGAGAAGGGCUUCCCCGGUGAUUUCAUUGCGGAAGGUUUGGACCAGACUCGCGGUUGGUUCUACACCCUGACCGUCCUGGGAACUCAUUUGUUCGGUAAACUCCCGUUCAAGAACUGUGUCGUGAAUGGCAUUGUCCUGGCUGAGGACGGCAAGAAGAUGUCGAAGAGAUUGAAGAACUACCCCGACCCUUCCCUGAUCAUGAAGCGUUACGGUUCGGACUCUCUUCGUCUGUAUAUGAUCAACUCUCCUGUUGUCCGCGCUGAGCCUCUCCGGUUCAAGGAAUCCGGCGUCAAGGAAAUUGUCGCCAAGGUCCUGCUUCCAUUAUGGAACAGUUACAAGUUCUUUGAGGGCCAGGUCGCUCUUAUCAAGAAGGCGGAGGGCAUCGAUUAUGUCUUCGACCCCAAGGCAGGAGCGACGAACACCAACGUCAUGGAUCGCUGGAUCCUGGCAAGUUGCCAGAGUCUUCUCAAGUUUGUCAACGAGGAAAUGGCAGGCUACCGUCUGUACACGGUUGUUCCCCGGUUGCUCGAGUUGAUUGACAACACUACCAACUGGUACAUUCGUUUUAACCGGAAGCGUUUAAAGGGUGAGAACGGCGUCGAUGAUACCCUGCACGCCUUGCACACCCUCUUUGAGGUUCUCUUCACUUUGGUCCGAGGACUUGCUCCGUUCACACCUUUCAUCACCGACACCAUCUACCAGAAACUCCUCCCUCACAUCCCUGAAUCUCUUCGUGGUGAAGACGACCGGAGUGUUCACUUCCUUCCUUACCCCGAAGUUCGGGAGGAGCUCUUCGACGAAGUUGUUGAGAGACGGGUGGCACGAAUGCAGAAGGUCAUUGAGAUGGGUCGUAUCUCUCGUGAGCGCCGCUCCAUUGGUCUUAAGUCGCCCCUGAAGACCCUGGUUGUCAUCCAUCAAAACCAGCAGUACCUCGAUGAUGUGAAGUUCCUGGAGCCAUACAUCCUCGAGGAGCUGAACGUCCAGGACCUCGUCCUGUCGUCGGACGAGGAGAAGUACAACGUCCAGUACAGUGUGACUGCCGACUGGCCCACCCUGGGUAAGAAGUUGAAGAAGGACGCCCAGAAGGUGAAGAAGGCGCUGCCUUCGCUCACCAGCGACGACGUGAAGCGGUUUGUGAACGAGAAGAAGAUCCUCGUUGAUGGCAUUGAGCUCGUGGAGGGCGAUCUCGUCGUUAAGCGGGGUGUCAAGGAGGAUGCUACAUCUCAGGGCUUGGAGCCCAACGCAGAUGCUGAUGUCCUGACCAUCCUCGACGCCAAUCUGUACCCCGAGCUUGCGGAGCAAGGAUUGGGCCGUGAGAUCAUCAACCGUCUCCAGCGUCUCCGUAAGAAGGCCGGUCUGGUCCCUACUGAUGACGUGAAGAUGGAAUACGUUGUCCUCUCGGACCCUGACCAAGUUGGUAUUGACAAGGCUUUCGAGAGCCAGUCCCAGGCCAUCGUCAAGGCUGUUCGCCGGCCAUUGGAGAAGCACGAGGGCAAGGAACCUAGUGCUGAUGAGGAGGGCAUGAUCAUGCAAGAGGAGCAGGAGGUGCAAAAAGCCACGUUCUUGUUGAGACUGCUGAAGCUGUAA